CGCGGUGUAUCGCGUCGACGUCAUGACGGCAUGUCCAUGCAAGGCUGUUCCUAAGCUUUAAGCCUAAGGCAUUAAGGCAUGUAUCCAAAUAUCGGACAUCAGACGCCAAAGAACCAGAAGCGGACUAGCGUGGAAUGUGUAGUGGGCCCAGGUUCCAUCAUGUAGCAAGCAACCUUAGAUCUAAAGACUCAAAGUGGGAACGGAUUCAUCGCAAUUUCGAGGAUUCGAGGAUUUCAUUCCGCCUUGAGAGAUAUUCACAUACACAUCCACGUCCAUAUCCACAUCCUCAUCCAUAUUCACGCCGUACGCACAUAUCCCUUGCGUCGCCUCCACUUUCGAUAACCAAGGUCCUCGGCUCUUCCUGGCAUCUUCCAACGUGUCGUCACCUAAUCCGUAAUUUGAGGGCAGUCCGACUGUGGACUGUUUUCGUACGGUCAAGCAUGUCUACGGUGCCGAGGUUUCCGGUACAACGUAUCCUGUACUGUAUAUUGUGUAUACAUCGUUCCCGAGUCAUCCCCAAGCAUGGCCAUUGGUUAAUCGUGUGGCAUGGAUGAAGGCCUCACAAUUCACUUCGGCCUAUCUCACGUUUCGUUUGCUUUUCAUCCUUCAGACUCAGUACCGGCCCGACUAUUUAUGCAGAAAGCGAAAAUUAGGAAGAAGCAAAUAGCCCCGGAGAAAGCACAAAAUAGUCCAGAGCCAUGACUUGCAUUUACCAUCUAU